UCUGACCAAAGCGAUGUGUGUUCGCAAGCCACUGACUUUCCUGCUGGUUCUCCAAGUGCAGACAACUCUGUGUGGACCUGUUAAGGACCUCAACAUCCUGGCCUUGUUCCCGUAUAAGAAAUAUUCGGAUUGGGAAGAUCCCUUCCUGCCAGGAGCUCAGUUAUUUGUUGACAAUGUCAACAAACAUCCAAACAUUCUUCCGGGAUACCGACUCAAAUUGGAGUGGAAUUACACACAGUGUGAUCCUGGAGAAACGGUGAAGAUCCUAGUCAGCCGGUUUUGUGGCGAUCCCAAGAUAAUCAUGGUGCUCGGGGGCUUCUGUUCCUCUGUCUCCAAGGUAGUAGGACUGUCUGUUCAUCUGUGGAACGUGAUCCAGAUUUCCUAUGGAUCAACGUCAGUCGCUCUUUCAAACAAAGACAAAUUUCCAAAUUUUUAUCGAGUUGUGACUUCCGAUACGACCUACAAUUUCGCGCGUGUUGCGUUGAUGAAGUACUUUAAAUGGAACAAGGUCAUAACGCUUUAUGAUAGGACAGAUGACGAUUUCAGAUUGCUGAUUGACGAUUUGGAAGCCGUCAUGGAUGACGUAGGUAUUGAUGUACUUGAGAAUCUGGUUUUCGACGACGACCCCACCAAAAACGUUCAUCAGCUAAAGAAACUCGAUGCAAGAAUUAUCGUUGGUGUCUUUAAUGACGUCAAAGCAAGAGAAAUCUUCUGUACGGCCUUCAAAAUUAAGUUCUUUGGACCAAAGAUUGUGUGGAUUUUACCGAACUUCUCUAAAUGGUUAUGGUGGAACAACGUCUACAAAAGCUGUGCUCCAGACGAUAUACGGGUGGAUUUCAGCAACUACUUUGAGGUUGCCCCUAGAGUCAACUUUCUUCCUUCACGGGACGACAACGGCUAUACGCUUGAAGAUUUUUGGGUAGCGUAUAUGAAGGACAAUGAUAAUGAUAACAACCGAUACAUGAACUUGGUAUGGGUGUUUAACAUUUAUAAGGCAAUAUGGACCAUGGCCCGUGCUCUGAACGCCACCAUUGGUGACCUUCGAAACAAAGGGUAUGGACUUGAUGCUUUUUCCUACACAGACAGCUAUAAUAUUAGCAAACUAAUCAAGCAUAAUGUAGAAAAGACUAACUUCAGUUCAAUAUUCGGCCGUGUGUCAUUUCAUUCACGUGGGGAGACAAGGAACAUGCUGAACAUUCUGCAGGUUCAAGAUGGGAAAAUGGUGAACGUCGGUUGGUAUGAACGACACGGUACCGUUGAGACGUUGACAUGGAACGAGUCCGGACCGGUGGUUUGGGCGAACGGGGUGGUACCAAAGGACUCGGUGACAGAGGACUUUAUAACGGAGACGGUGUCGCCCGCGCUGUACAUCAGCAUGUGUGUGUUCGCUACACUCGGGAUUCUCCUGGCGAUCGGGUUACUCGUCCUCAACCUCAAGUUCAAGCAUCUCAAGGUCAUUAAAAGGUCGUCACCUAACAUCAAUAAUAUCAUUUUGGUGGGGUGCAUUGUGGCAUAUAGUUUUGUGUUUGUACAUGGAAUCACAAACAGAGAAUCAGUAGUCAUAUGUCAGCUAAAAAGUUAUUUGUUGGUGAUAGGCUUUUCGUUGGUUUUUGGUGCACUAUUUGCCAAGACAUGGCGUGUAUAUGCCAUCUUCCUAGCGAGUCGGAAGUUACGGAAGCGGGUGCUGAAGGAUAGAGACUUGUAUAUAAAGAUCGGUAUGUUCACUUCCCUCAAUCUCUUCAUCAUGGUCGUGUGGUCAGUGAUCGGUCCUAGUCGGCCAAAAGCAAUACUCAUGCAUAGCCGUAAUGUUGAAGAUGUAGUCAAUGAUAGAAUUCUUAUUCCUGUCAAGAUGACGUGCGAAUCUAAGUAUGACACAUACUUCCACAUCAUCCUCCUCGCCAUUCAGGCCAUGUUCCUCAUGAUCGGACUUUUCUUGGCAUUUUCCACAAGAAGGGUGAAUAUCACAGUAAUGAAUGACUCGAAACCGAUCGCGCUGUGCAUCUACAUUGUAAUCCUGCUGUCUAUAGUGGGCCUGCCGGUGUCGCUGAUCCAGAAUGAUAACAAUCCCAACGUCUCGUUCAGUGUUAUCAGCAUCCUCAUCAUUGCUGGUACAACAUCUACGCAGUGUAAUAUAUUUUUUCCAAAGAUAGAUGCAUUACACAAGUUUCUGAGAAGUGAGGAAUCUGAAAGUAAAUCAAGCCAAAAGACGACGGCAAUUUCCCAAGUUGGUAUAAGUACGGAUAGCAUUCAAAAUUGAGUUGGUUACUGGCUGUCUCAGCUUGGUGAAGUCGACUGGCCAGGUAUUACUUUUCCAACGACGAUGGAGUAGUCCUUUACACAGUUAUAUUUAAUUGGACAAAACCGUAAUACAUGAUCAGGACAUAGCCCGCGUACAUUUCGAUGGUUUUGACUCCUUUGUCAGUCAGUGGCGUAGCGUGGGCGGGACCACCGGGGCGGUUGCCCUGGGCGCAAAAUUCUGAACUGGUGGAAGGGACUCGGGGAGUGCUAAUGGUCCACUAGUUAGGGGUCGCAAUACUUGCCUUAUCCCGGGCGCUGGCAACCCAUGCUACGCUCCUGCAGUCAGAGAUAACACUAUAGCGAAAACACGGAAUUGCUGCCUACCACACGGUAGGCAAAGAUCCAAGCUUUAAUACAACAAUAAUCCUGUUUCAUGCUAAAUACCUUUACACUGAUAAUUUUCGAGUUCGCCAAUAACAGAUAUUUCACAUAUUAACCAAUAAUACACACAGUACAGGAAUAAAUCCGACAGUACUCCCUUUAAAUAAUGUUCCAGUUAAAUACGUAGGUUCUGUAAUCAAUGUAAUGGUAUUUAACGUCAGACAUAGGAUGCUAGUUGUAUUAGAGUGGGAAGCAGUUCCGUAGUUUUGCUAUAAAGUUAUCAUCUCUAGCUCUCGAACGGCUACUAGGUCAGAACCGUAUCUUGGCAUAAUACAGAGUCGAAUGGGUAUGUGGUAAAAUAAUGGUUGAUUCUAUAAAUCUCUAUCUAGUGCUUCGUCAGUAGGAGGACAGCUACUCCUGAGGAGAUCAUUUAGUAGUCACAUGACCCUCUCAAUAGUGUUGUAUUUGUCACAGAAUAUCUCCUGACAUAGAAAUUGUAUUGAACUGCAUGGAAUAAUUAAUGGUGGUGUAUUGAAAUUGUGUUGAACUGCAUGGAGUAAUUAAUGGUGGUGUAUUGAAAUUGCGUUGAACUGCAUGGAGUAAUUAAUGGUGGUGUAUUGAAAUUGUAUUGAACUGCAUGGAGUAAUUAAUGGUGGUGUGUAACUGGAGAAAUUUGUAUUAUGUGUGACAGAAGGUUGUAUUUUUAGUGUUCUAGUGAAUUUUCCAGUUGUACUGAAUGAUUGUUUUCACUCCACUUGGUUUGCUGGUGAUCCUAAAAUGCAUUAAAAAAUCAUACAAAUAUGCAAAUAUUGUAUUAAAUUUUAACAUUUGACUAAAAUAAUUUAAAUAUUUCCACAAAGGGUAUAUUUAUUUAUAUAAAGCUACUUAUUUACAGUUUAUUAAGCUAUUAAUUAUCUGGCAAGUAACACAAACCAGUCAUAUUAACUGUUACCCAAGCCGUAUUUAAUUCAACCCUGUGUGCCCGAUUACUUUUUUAAAUUAUUAUUAUUAUUAUUGUGUUCAUUUUUGUUGUUGUGUUUUUGACACUGGUAUUACCUAGCUUCAAAGGUAAGAGCUACCGUUUAAAUGUAUUCAUGUUCUUUAUUUCUGAAGUGUAUGUACAUCAGCCAAAGUACAGUCAAACGUUAUCUCUAUAUAAACAGCUUGUGAUUAGCAGCCACCUGUGUUAAGUGGACAUAUUUUUGUUCUCCCAAAUGGUCUAAUAUUGUACAAACUGACUUAUAUUAAUCAGCCAUUUCACUUUGAAGGCAACUUUUUUUUUCAUACUCGCUUUGGCGGCUGUGUAACAAAUGUUUGACUGUAUAUGAUUUUGUUUUGUCUAUACUGUUUGUCAGUGACAUGAUCCAAUAACAUGGUUGUGAAGUUAUUUAAUUAGCGAUAUUCCACGGUCACUGACUUAACAUUUAUAGCCAGUUAUACAUACAUACAAACAUGCAUUCAUACAUACGUACAUAUAUAUAUAUAUGUGUGUAUGUAUGUAUAUAUGUAUGUAUGCAUGCAUGCAUGCAUGCAUGUAUGUAUGUGUGUGUGUGUGUGUGUGUGUAUAUAUAUAUAUAUAUAUAUAUAUUGUAACGAAUGUGGCCAUACAUUCAUAACAACUCUCAUUUAACAAAUAAUAAUCCAUUGGUCAGGAUGAAUCAUGAGUGGUUGAAAGGCAAAUGAGUAACCUAACAAGAUUUAAAUAAAUAAUAAUUGUUUAUUUAUUUUUUGCACAAGUACUAUAUUUCAAUCUGGGUGCAUUCUCAAUAGUUUUUCUUAUUUAUGUCUAACUAAAUCUAAUUUCUACAUUAUCACUAAUUAAUAACACUGAACGACUUCAAACUAUACUACUGACAGUGACGGAUCCAGAAAAUCCAUUUAGGGGAUGGGGGGGGGGGGGGGGGGGUG